UUUGGCUUUUCCGUAGCCUAUAUAAACCAACUACUUACUAUAUUGUCCAAAAGAUCGACGAACAUAAAAACAAAAACAUAUAAUUUGGGUUUUUAGAGUUCGAAACUUGAAAUCUUUUUUUUUUUGGUUGCUGAGGAAUCGAAGUAGAAGAGUAUAAAUGGGUGUUAGAGAGAAAGAUCCGUUAGCCCAGUUGAGUUUGCCACCAGGUUUUAGAUUUUAUCCGACAGAUGAAGAGCUUCUUGUUCAGUAUCUAUGUCGGAAAGUUGCAGGCUAUCAUUUCUCUCUCCAGGUCAUCGGAGACAUCGAUCUCUACAAGUUCGAUCCUUGGGAUUUGCCAAGUAAGGCUUUGUUUGGAGAGAAGGAAUGGUAUUUCUUUAGCCCAAGAGAUCGGAAAUAUCCGAACGGGUCAAGACCCAAUAGAGUAGCCGGGUCGGGUUAUUGGAAAGCAACGGGUACUGACAAAAUUAUCACGGCGGAUGGUCGUCGUGUCGGGAUUAAAAAAGCUCUGGUCUUUUACGCCGGAAAAGCUCCCAAAGGCACUAAAACCAACUGGAUUAUGCACGAGUAUCGCUUAAUAGAACAUUCUCGUAGCCAUGGAAGCUCCAAGUUGGAUGAUUGGGUGUUGUGUCGAAUUUACAAGAAAACAUCUGGAUCUCAGAGACAAGCUGUUACUCCUGUUCAAGCUUGUCGUGAAGAGCAUAGCACGAAUGGGUCGUCAUCGUCUUCUUCAUCACAGCUUGACGACGUUCUUGAUUCGUUCCCGGAGAUAAAAGACCAGUCUUUUAAUCUUCCUCGGAUGAAUUCGCUCAGGACGAUUCUUAACGGGAACUUUGAUUGGGCUAGCUUGGCAGGUCUUAAUCCAAUUCCAGAGCUAGCUCCGACCAAUGGAUUACCGAGUUACGGUGGUUACGAUGCGUUUCGAGCGGCGGAAGGUGAGGCGGAGAGUGGGCAUGUGAAUCGGCAGCAGAACUCGAGCGGGUUGACUCAGAGUUUCGGGUACAGCUCGAGUGGGUUUGGUGUUUCGGGUCAAACAUUCGAGUUUAGGCAAUGAGAGAGAUGUGAAGUUACUGAUGGGUGAAAAAAGUAAAAAAAAAACUUGGAGAUAGUAGAGUGGCAAUUGAUGUAAAUAAUAGGGAUUUAUAUGGGGCUUUUACCGAUUCGGUGAGGCUUAGGAUUCCACAAAGGAAAAAGGCUCGACUGGGGACUAGUUUGAUCCAACUUGACGGCCCACAAAUGUGUAAUGUUUCUCAACGGAGAGAAAAAUAAAUGGUUACCAAUAUUUUUACACCGGUUAUGUGUUGAUACCAUUUGCACAAAACGGUUUAAGUUCUGAAUUGAAUAACUUAACACCCAAAAUUUGGUAAAAAGCUUAAUACAAAAAGUUCAAAGGCAUUUUCGCUUACUGCGACACUCGGAGUUGCAGAGUACUCUACGUAACAGACUCUGUUCAUAGAGUUUGCGGCACCGGUGGUGGGACAUUCUUGCGGACACAGUAUGUACUUUUGGAAGCAUCGUUCCUAAGGGUUGCUGCAGUAAACUCCUUGUGACUUGGCUCGCAAGAAACAUAACAUGGCCGCAAGAAAAAACAGCAUUAACGAAGAGGUGUUUGAGAUCUUCAUGUCUAGUUUAUUCUUCCUGUUUUAUUAUGUGUCGACUGGUGUCAAAAGAAACGUGUUGAUUGUGAAUUUGUAGACGCCACUCUGUAAAUUUAUUUAAAAUAAACUAUUUUACUUCACGUUGAGAUCGGGAGUUGCCGGGUUUGUGUGCCUUAUCUGGGCAUCACCCAC